AUGGAAUAAUUUGAUUCAUUCAAUCCUGUUAGUAUUAGAAACAUUCUUGCCAAGAUUGAAAAUAUUGGUUUUAUUAGUCCAAAUAAAUAAAUUAACUUAUAUUCCAACAUUUUGGUGAUGUGUCAUGACUUAAUCAUUUAAUUCAUUAAAUCUAAAUAAUAAUCUUUGAUUUGCUUCUUUAUUGAAUUUACAGUAAAGUAUAAAUGAUAUCAUAUUAGUUUUAAAAAAAUCAAUCAAGAAGCAAAACUUAUGAGAUUUUUAAUUCUUACCUUAAUUCGUUAGAAUAACAUAAUACUAAAUUAUCGGCUAUAUUUUUAUAUUUAUUCUAAACUGAUUAAUGUAGAAAUAAUGCCUAACUUUAUUAAAAGUGUAAUUAAAUAAUGAGAGAUUUUACAAAAAUAAAAAAGGAAUAACAAUUAGAUGAUAUAACACUAAAAUUUAAUGAUAUAAUAACCAUAUUUUAAUUGAUUUUUGAUGAUAUUACUGUUGAUUAAAUAAUUCAUCUUUUAACUGAUGAAGUUAUGAAAAAUUAAUAAACUCUUAAUCCUUUACUUGAGUAAUAAUAUUAUAUCAAAUUCUUUUUUUAGGAUUUCUGCAAGCCAUUUAAUUUAACUUUUAAUCCUUUAUAAAUAAGCUUAAUCAAAUUUUAAACCCUUUUCAACACCUAAAAGAAGCCCCAAAAAAGAUAUAAAAUGUUAGAGUCCUAAAUUACAAGGAUUUUAUAGAUGGGGAUCUCCAUUUUUUAGUUAAAAUGAAUUUUAUAAAAAUCCAUUAAAUAAAAGAUUAUUAGAAGAUUUAGAACAAUAAGCUAAAAAAUAUCCAAAAACAAGAUUAAUAAAUAGUCAAUACAAUUAUUAUAGUCCUUUAACACCAAAUAAAACAAGAUCAGAUUUCGAAUCUAAAGAUUCUGUUGUUUCUGAUUUUAUUAAAAUAAAAAGUAAUGAUAAUUCGAAAAAACAGAGUCCCUCUCUAAUAUAUCAUACAGAAAACAGUUUCAGUGAAAAGAAAUAAGAUCCAAGUAUUUAAAUUGUCAUAUAAAUUUUAGUCAAAUAAAAUGGUUGUUUAUAUAAUUAUGAAGUACCACAAACUUAAUAGGAAUUAUUAAAAAUUAUUUAAAUGUAUUCAAUUUAGUACUUUGAUCCAUCAAUAGAACUUCCUAAGCCAUUAGAUAUUAAGAUUAGUUAUGAACAUUUGAUUGAUCUUUAUACUGAAUUAGAAUAAGAAGUUACAUUUAGAAAGACAACUUAUAGAGCUAAAUAAUAUUUUGCAUCAAUAGAUCCAAGAUAUUUAUAGAUAAAUAAAAGUAAUUAAUAGUGAAUUAAUUUUAAUAGAUGAAAAGAUUGAAGCAAUUUCAUAAGUAGAAGGAUGGAUUUUAGGAAAGAAUGAAUUUGGACAUAUUGGAUGUUGUGCCGAUUCUUAUAUCUAAAAAUUAUGA